GGAAAUGAAAGGGAGGUGAAAAGAGUAGCGACCUGAGGAGCAGACCUGGCAGAUUACAAAUAGAGAACAAGAAAGCCUGCAAAUAAAAAUGAAGAAGAGAGAAAAUUAGCUGAAAUCUGUCAGAAAAGAAACAAAUUCUAACAUGAGAAAAAAAGAAUUCUAACAUGAGAAACAGAAAAGAAGAAUGAAAGUAGAAGCGUGACAGAGGAAAAACGACAGCAAAGAUGACUGAAGGAAAACCAAUAUCCAAAAGUUCUUCUGUGCUUCAUUCCAUGCUAAUCAAACUGAAGGCUAACGAGAAGGUCCAUUCUUCUAGCCGACAAACAUCCAAAUUCUACACCUACACAAAUGACACAGAUCAGAAUGAAGGUGAAGAUACUGCAGCCUCACCCAAAUUGGAGUCAACUUUUGAAGAACAAAAUAAUUUGGACACCACGGCCAAGGCUGAUAGUGCUGAGAGCACUGACAGAAAUGCUGCCGAUGAAGAUUCAGAAACAUUUACUCUGGAAUCUCAACUCCACAAAUCUUCUCCAGUCAUCUAUUCCAGAGUGGAGAGAAGGAAACGUGCUUCUGACCUUCUGACAAAAGAGGUGGAAGAAGAUCCAUCGUCCAAUAAGAGUCAACCUGAGUUGGAGAAAGUCACAGAGGAGUCAGAGCUAAAGGAGGACAUCUCUGGAUCCUCUUCUCCCUUAAAUGAGUCCCAACCCAUCAAACGCCUUGCUUCCUUUAACAGGGAAAGAAAAACUGAGGACCCAGAACCAUCAAACAAGGACAUUCAUGCAUCUAAGCAAAGUUUGGGUACUAUCUCUAGCAAGGCUUUAGAAAAUCCAAACUGCAAGGAAACACGAUCUGCUUCUGAUCCAGUAAAGAUGAGCAAAAGAAAUAACAGAACUUUGUCAGACCCAGGCAGACACUACAGGGCAGAUAUGGACCAACUCACCACAGAUCUAGAACAAGUGAAUUCGACUACACAACAGAUGACUGUGAUAAAGGCAGAGUCACCAGGUACACCAGAGACAACAGAGGGUGACAGCUUAAAGGUGAAGAAGAAGAAAAAGAACAUUGCACAAAAACUGAAAGCAAAGUUUAGGGAGAAAAGCAGUCAUGACAAAAGCAGAGGCACCAGUAGCUUUUACUGUGAUGAAGACAUAACACAAUCUGAUAUUUCAAUAGAGGAAGCAGAGUCACCAACUCCUAAAGAGGAAAACUCCACAAAAAUGAAGCUCAUGUUAAACAGGACAUGUACACUACGAGACUUCAAACUCAACUUGGAGCCCAUCAGCUUGAUGGAUGAACUCUUUACAGGAGAUGAAUGGACGAAGUUCCUUCCUGUUAAAGAAAAACAGAUCCAAGAAGAAACCACUGACCAAUCACAGACAGAGAGCUCCUGUCAGUCAAAUGAAACCCAGUCUGACAAUUCAGUCAUAAUACAGAACCAUCAACCAUCAGAAGACAAAAAUCAAAGUCAGUCAGAGGCGGAUCAGACUAGUGUUAGUGACAGAGCUCUGGAUGAGGUCAGAGAGGUGCAGCCAAGACCAACUCCAAACAAACCCAUUUACGCUGUUCAUAAAUCACUGAUCUCUAACGGUGCAGUGAAACAAAAGAAAUGUGAAUUACCACAAUAUGAACAUUCUACUGACGAUGACGUUUAUGACUUUGUGGAGGUAUAUAUGCUUCCUAAAAACAACGCAGUGGUAAAAGAUCUGCCUCUAGAUCUGCCAGACAUUGAGUCAAUAGGAGUAUUAGACAAUUCUGCACUGAAGAAUCGAAUCAACCUGAACAAAAAUAGAAAGCAUCGACCACCAAAAAAGAAGAAAAAGGAGACAUCAGACAUGAGACGUACUUCCACAUUCUACACACCCGUCGUGGACAAUUCUACUAAUAUGGACGUUCCUCGUCUUCGAAGUUAUUCUACAUCCUCAUCCUACCCUCCACGAAAGACUGUGACCACUUCACCUUCUUCCUCCUAUAAAAACUCUGUGUUUUAUCCCGUCCUAAAACCAACACCGUCCUGUGACACUGAUGUUUCUCCAGCAGCUGAUGAUGAGAAGCAGAAAGCCAAAGAGAAAUCUGAGAAACCAAAGCUGUGGAAGGUGAAGAAUUAAAUUAAUGAAGAAGACAGCUGCUUUACCUCAAACCUGGAAAUGAAGCCCAUCACUUUUGAUCUGUACAUUUAAAUAUAGACAUAGAACUGUCACCUGCAUAUAAGACUAAGACACAGUUUAUAAGAUAACUAAAUAAACUGAAGCAAGUGCUCUGAUCAUU